AUGAUUCCCUGGAGAUCUUUCAUUGUUUUCAUAGCUCUCUUCGCAAAGGCAGCCCAAUCACACGCCAAUGCAACAUGGGUAGCCUGCGAUACCCUCCACACAAAACUGCCGGGCGCAGUCUACUUCCCCGGGUCGACGGGCUACACCGACUCUUUAGCUUCGUAUUUCAGCAGAGAAGAGCAAGAACUUGAGCCAUCAUGUGUGAUAAAACCGACGAAGUCCAGUGAGGUAUCGACGGCAAUUCAAACGUUGCACUUAUUUCUCAAUUCCGGGGUCCAGUUUGCCGUGCGUGGUGGAGGACACACGCCAUACGCCGGCGCAGCCAACAUCGAUAAAGGCGUAACACUGGACCUCAGUCUCAUGAACCAAGUCAAGCUUAGUGCAGAUCGCCAGACUGUUGAGCUUGGACCAGGGGGGAAAUGGAGGAAAGUCUGGAAGGCACUUGAUCCUUACAAUGUGACUGUUACCGGAGGAAGAGACUCGGACGUUGGAAUUGGGGGAUAUCUCCUUGGAGGUGGUCUGAGCUACCUGGGCCCAAUCCUAGGGUGGGGUUGCGAUAAUAUCCUUGAAUACGAGAUUGUCCUGGCUAGUGGCAAGAUUGUCACUGUGGAUGAGAGUUCCUAUCCUGACCUGUUCCUGGCGCUGAAAGGCGGCGGGAAUAAUUUUGGAAUUGUUACCAAGUAUACCAUGAGUACCUACCCUCUUGGGAAGUUCUGGGGAGGUUUCAUUGCUUAUGAGGCCGACCAAUGGUCUACGCAGACAUUGGCUUUCUCGAGGUUCAUGGGUGCUAAGCCGUAUGAUCCUCAUGCCGCCAUGAUUCAGAGUUAUGGCUGGUCAUCUACGUAUGGAGGCUCGAUUAGCAAUGGUCUGGCGUAUACCAAGCCGGUGGCGUAUCCAGCUGCUUUCCAGGGUCUUGCAAACAAUGCCACCUCUAUUUCCAAUGCCUUGCGCAUUGAUACUAUGGAGUCAUUCGCUGCAGAGACGGAUAGCUACCAGUCAUAUAACCAACGACAAACCUGGUACACGACAACGUUUGCACACACCCCAGACAUCUACUCAACCAUUUACAAGAUCUACAACGCAUCUAUCGCAGGAAUUACCAGCGUUCCCGCAAUGAACUGGUAUCUAACUCUCCAACCAUCUCCUGUUCUGAACCGCGUGAACAGUCUAGGAUUGGAUACGGGAGAGGAAAGACUCGGCAUUGCCCUCAUAACAGCCUACUACAAUGAUACUUCCGCCGAUCAGCACGUCGAUCUCGCAGCAAGGAAGUUGAUUCUGAAUAUCGAGGCGGCUACCAAGGAAGCUGGGGCAUACCGCCCUUAUAAAUAUUAUAAUUACGCGGGAGCCGGACAGGCUGUGAUCGAUGGGUAUGGGUAUGAGAGCAAAGGUAAUCUACAGGCCGUGAGCAAGAAGUAUGACCCGCAGGGUCUUUUUCAGAAGGGCCUUCCGGGUGGCUUUAAGCUUUCUAAUUGA